AUGCGGGCGCAAGGGGUGACCUCAGAGCUCAUGGUGUGCCUUCUCUUCCGAGUGGCAGCCCCCGGAGCCUCUGCUUUGCCUCUUUCUCCAAAGCCGCCUGCCUUGACGGCCUCCGCUUUCAAGCCUGCCGAGAGCGUCCACCACGGGUCCAAGCCGUGGCUAAAGGGUGCCGGCCUGGCAGUACUGACCACUUGCAUCAUUCUCCUGGCUGCUGCUGUAGGACUUGGGAUCCGAUACUGGCAGGUCUCUGGUCAGCUCCAGAAGGCAUUGCAAAAGCACGCAGCUCAGAGCACUGCCCUGGCGCAGAGGAUUGAUCUCCAAGAAGGGAGCCUGACACAAAAGGAGGACCGGCUGCGCCAGGCCAUGACCGAGCUCAGCUCCACCCGGGAGGCCCUUCGGAAGAGCCAGGAGGCCACCAGAAAGACCCAGGAGCAGCUGAGGGAGGCCAGCCACAGCCUGGGUACUUUGAAGCAGGAGAAGGACGAGACAGAGGCAGAGCUGCAGCAGGCCACGGAGGAGCUGGCCUCUGUCCGAGAGGCCCUUCGCAAGAGCCGAGAGUCCACUGAAAAGACUCAGGAGGAGCUGCAGGAGACAGAAGAGUUCCUAAGGGAAGCCAACCGCAACCUGGAGGCCGUGAAGUGGGAGAAGGACCGGAUGGAGGCAAAUCUGCUCCAGGCAACCAUCUGCAGGCAGACAGGUACGUUCCUUGCUUCCUGGGCUGUGAUUAGGUGAUUAGUAGCUGCUCUUGGUGCCCCUUUCUC